UAGUUAGCCAGAAAGCCACAACAAUCAGUGAUCCAAGAAGUUCUCUCCACCUCCACAGCCUGAAAAAUCAAGAGAAAGGGUAGGGAAACCUUUUUAUUCAUUAGUACCUUCAAUCCCAGUCCUAGCUAAGACACAGUGGAAAUACGGAAAGCUCUCCCAUCCCUAAAAAGCAGCACAAAGAAAACAGAUCUAGAAUUUCCUCCUCCUUACAAUGAGAAUAUUGGUAUUCCAAUAAACCAGAAUGAACCUCAUGGAUAUCGCUAAGAUCUUCUCUCUUCUGCAACCCGAAAAGGAGGAGGAGGACACCGACACAGGGGAAAAGCAGGCCCUCAAUCAAGCAGUAUAUGACAAUGACUCCUGUACCCUGGACCACCUUCUCCACCAGGAACGCUAUAAACGGUUCAUCAACAGCAGGAGUGGCUGGGGUAUACCUGGAACACCCUUGCGUUUGGCAGCUUCUUAUGGUCACUUAAAUUGUGUGAAGGUCCUCCUAGAACAUGGUGCUGAUGUUGAUAGUUUGGAUGUCAAAGCACAAACACCACUUUUCACUGCUGUUAGUCAUGGUCAUCUGGAGUGUGUGAGAAUGCUUUUAGAAGCAGGUGCCUGUCCUAGUGGUAGCAUCUACAACAAUUGCUCUCCUGUUCUCACUGCCUCACGCGAUGGGGCUUUUGCCAUCCUACAGGAGCUCCUAGGGCAUGGUGCAGAAGCUAAUGUCAAGGCUAAACUACCAGUCUGGGCAUCAAACAUAGCUUCAUGUUCUGGCCCCCUCUAUUUGGCUGCAGUCUAUGGGCACCUCGAUUGUUUCCGCCUGCUUUUGCUCUAUGGGGCAGAUCCUGAUUACAACUGCACUGACAAGGCCCUCUUAAGUCGUGUUCCACAGCCUCGCACACUCCUUGAAAUCUGCCUUCAUCAUAAUUGUGAGCCAGAGUACAUCCAGCUUUUAAUUGAUUUUGGAGCUAACAUCUACCUUCCAGCUCUCCCCUUGGACCCAACCUCACAAGAUGAUAAAGGCAUCAAAUUGCUGCUACAAGCCCGAGCCACUCCACGUUCACUCCUGUCCCAGGCCCGUUUAGUUAUUCGCAGAUCCCUGUGCCGUGCCAACCAGCCACAAGCCAUCGACCAGCUGGAUAUACCCCCUGUGUUGAUUAGCUACCUCAAGUAUCAAUGAUAAGUUUUCAACUUUCUCAGGAACUUAAUGCAUGAUACCUCCAAAAAUACACCUGGGAACCCAGGUUAAUUGAGAAUAAUACACCUCAUUACUUUUCUGGUGUAUUAUUCUCCACAAUAAAAUCCUCACCAAAGU